AUGUACCAGACAGUAAAAGAUGGUGUAAUGUGUAAGCUUAAGACCGCAGAGAGGGUGGGCAUUACGAGUGACACAUGGACAUCUGUAGCUACGGAAUCUUACAUGAGUGUGACAGUACACUACAUAGACGAGCUCUGGAACCUCGUGUCUUACGUGCUGCAGACAACAGAAGUUGAAGCGAACCAUCGCUCUGUCUGUUUAGCUGAAAUGUUAACCAAAGCUAUGGAGGAGUGGGGGCUGAUGAGUAAAGACCCAGCCAUAGUCACUGACAACGCGGCGAAUAUGCAACCCGCGAUCUCUGCCGCUCUGCUCUCACCUGAUGUGCGGAGAAAUGAAAAGGAUCUUUGCAGCCUGAAGGAAGAGGACAUAACAGAUGCAGAAGAUGUGGUUAGAGCUCUAAAGCCAAUGAAGACAGCCACUCAAGUAAUGUCAGAAGAAAAGUGCCCAACUCUCUCAGUGAUAGCACCUCUGCAUGCUCAGCUGCUGAAAGAGAUGACCAGUCUCCCAGAAGACUCCAGAGUUGUUAAGGACAUGAAGGAUGAGAUCAAGAAAAACUUAAGCACAAGGUAUGUAAACCAGAAGGACAUGCUGUACAUAGCUUCAGCUAUUGAUCCACGUUUCAAAGCUCUGCCAUUCCUGAAUGAGGAGGAGCGAGACAAGACCUUCUCCAGACUCCAGACUGAAGCAGUGUGUGGGAUGGAGGAAGAUCCAUGUAAUCAAGAUGAUGCUGCUGAUGAAGUUGAUGGAGUGGAGGAAGAGGUGGAACCCCAACCUCCGGCACCCAAGCAAUUCAAGCAAUCCAGUGCUUUGGAGUCUCUCCUUGGGGAAGCCUACAGACCACAACAGGAAGUAGGACCACAGAAAACUAAAGCGGCAGAGGCAGAAGACGAGAUCAAAAGGUACAGGGAAAGGAGACCUGCAGGACUGCAGGACAAUCCUCUCAUCUGGUGGCGGGAGAAUGAAAAGGAGUAUCCUCUUUUGGCUUGCAUGGCAAAGCGAUAUCUCUGUGUCCCAGGAACCAGUGUCACAUCUGAGAGGGUUUUUUCAACUGCAGGUGACAUCAUUACUGCCAAAAGAAGUUGCCUUACACCUGGGCAUGUCAAUGAGCUACUGUUCCUGCAGAAGAAUCUUUCUAUUCCUGAUCCUGAGUGAUGGUAGUUCAUACUCUGGGUUAAGACAAGUUUAAUUUCCAGUUUUAUUUUUAUUUGCACUUUAAUAGGCAAGGCCUUUUCCAGUUUUUAUUUAUUUUUGUAUCUACUAUUUUAGUUUUAAAUGACCAGUUUACACAAAUACACUUUAAAGGCAAUUUAAUGUCUUAUACCUGGAGUACUUGAAGGUUUUACACACUA